UUCUAGCAGUCUUAAAACAGAUUUCCAACAAAAAAUGAGUUUUGAUAUUCAAUUCAUAUGAUAAUCCGCCAAGAAUCAGUUAGCACUUCACCCACAAAAUUGUGGGCCUGCGACUGUGGACUUAUUUGUGAAAGUAUAACGGAAAGAUGAGGAAUGUAACAGAACCAACGAAAAGCAAUAAGGAAUCAAGGAAAAAAGCCAACACAAAAAAGAAAGUAUGAAUUCAUGGAAAUGAUGACAUAUAAUCUGUUUCCAGCCGUUACAGAAAACUACAACAUUACGAUCAUCUUCAUCUCUAUCUCAUUACCUUUAUACCUCUUUAUAUUCAUCAACAAAUCAAACACAGUAUCCUUAAAUUCAAGAACUAAUUUAAUCAUACAAUAUGGGAAGAACAAAAACAAUUAAAGAUGUUGAUAGACUGUUACCGGUUACUGUUGUUGUCGUCCUAACUCUUCUCCAAUGUAUUGCUAAUAUUGAAGUUGUUGUUGGAGCACCAACGGUACCAGCAAUGUUUGUGUUUGGAGAUUCGUUAGUUGAUCAUGGAAAUAACAACUAUUUGAGUUCCAUAGCUAGAGCUAAUUACAUGCCUUAUGGAAUUGAUUUUAAUGGUUGGCCUACUGGGAGAUUCUCCAAUGGAAGGACCAUAAUUGAUAUUCUAGCGGAUAAAUUGGGAAUACCUUAUAUUCCAGCGUUUGCUGAUCCAACCACAAGGGGUUCUAAAUUACUUGGUGGUGUGAAUUAUGCUUCAGCAGCGGCAGGCAUUCUUGAUGAGACUGGCCAACAUUAUGGACAAAGGUUUAGUUUGGGCACACAAGUACUAAACUUCCAGAGCACAUUGGAUCAACUAAGGAAUCAAAUGGGGAACGGAAGGAACCUGACCCAAUACCUAGCCAAAUCCAUUGCUGUUAUGGUCUUUGGUAGUAAUGAUUACAUCAACAACUUCCUUAUGCCUUCUAUGUAUCCUUCCAGUUUUAACUACAGCCCUGAGGAUUUUGCCAACCUUCUCCUCAACCACUACACCCGCCAGAUUCUGGCCUUGUACAGUGUAGGACUACGAAAGUUCUUGCUAGCAGGUAUAGGCCCAUUGGGAUGCAUUCCAAACCAAAGAGCCUCUGGUCAGGCACCAAGGGGACAGUGUUUUCAGCAUGCAAACCAGAUACUCGGAACAUUUAACGUAGGGCUCCGAGCACUCGUGGAUCAACUCAACGCUAACCAUCCCGGAUCUAUAUUUGUACACGCCAAUACUUACGGCGCAAUGGGUGACAUUCUCAACAAUCCUGCUAUGUAUGGAUUCAACACUGUUGACCAUGGUUGUUGCGGAGUUGAGGGCAGUGGACGCAUAACUUGCCUUCUUGGGUCCAUGCCUUGCCCAAACAGAAAUCAGUAUGUCUUUUGGGAUGCCUUCCAUCCAACACAAGCUGUCAAUGCAAUCCUUGCAGAAAGACUUUGGAUGGGUCCACCUGCUGAUUCUUAUCCAAUCAACAUGCAACAAAUGGCUCUAAUAUAAACUACAACGAUGAAUUAAAUUUACUCAUGAAUAUAUGUACCUGUAAGCUACAUGCUUUUAUAUAGGAUCGGUAAAACAUGAAAAGGACGCUCAUCAUGUACACCUUUGUUCUUGUCAUGUGAUUUGAAAGAAAUUUAAAUCCUAAA